AUGGCCGACAACAACAUCACCUUCGUGCCUGCUGAGGAAAUUGACAGCGUAUUCGCCCACACUACCAACCUCGCCUCUUCCGGCCUCAACAGUCACGUCUUCGCCUGUUCCAAUGAUUACUUUGCCGCUGCAUCGAACCUCCUCACUCCCACUGCCCCCAUCAACCGUCCCGGUGUCUUUGUUCACACAGGGGCCUGGUACGAUGGCUGGGAAACCCGCCGCCACAACCCAGAGCCAUACGACUGGGUCGUGAUCAAGCUUGGUGUUGCCAGCGGCUCCAUCCAGGGUGUCGAGGUCGACACGGGAUUCUUUGUUGGCAACUACGGCGAAAAGGCCGAGCUGCAAGCAACAUAUGCUCCCGGCGCACCAGACACCGAGGUCGCGGACGCCAACUACAAAGGCUGGACGACCAUUCUACCCCCGCAACCAUGUGGUCCAAAACAGCGGCGCGCAUGGAAGUAA